AUGCAAACAAUUGGUCCAAAGGUUGACAAGUCCAACUCUGUAGGGGAUGCAUGUGUGUCUGAUCUGCUCAAUACGAACUUUUUAUCAAGCGCGUCUGCUUGCGUCAAGCUGGUUGAUCAUAUCCAUCAGAUUAGUGACCUUGGAACAUUCUCAAGUCUUUCCUUGGAUAAGCAAAAGGAAGCAACUGUCCGUUUGCCCCAUCUUUUACUUAGCUCAAGUUAUGAGAAACUCCUGGCCAAGUUUGAUGCCUACCACAAGGUUGCUGAACUAUCCAAGUUUGAGGCUGUCAUCGAAGCAUACAAGUUGGGUGUGCAUAUCAAUGUUGUGGAUAUAGAGGUAGUCAAAGAGCAGGUGGCUAAUGAGGCUACAGUUAAGGAGGAUGACGCCAAAGAGGGCUUGGCUGAUGAGGUGGCGACAUUUUUGGCUGAGCAUGCAACUGGAGCUGCUAAGCAGAUUACUGCCUCUGAUAAGCAUGUAACUGAGUUAGGCGGAGCCAUGGAGGGAGCAGUUGGUCAGGCGAAAGCUGAGGAGGAUGUUUCAGACCUGCGUCUCCCUCAUGACACUUUGGCAGUUGCUUACGUCUCAUUUAAGACGUUUUGGCAGAUGUCCUAUGUCUCCCUUAGGACGUUUUGGACGAUUGCCUACGUCUCCCUUAGGAUGUUUGGCAGAUGUCCUACGUCUCCCUUAGGACGUUUUGGACGGUUGCCUACAUCUCCUUUAGGACGUUUUGGCAGAUUGCUUACAUUUCCCUUAGGACGUUUUGGCGGGUUGUCUUACGUCUCCUUAGGACGUUUGUUGGAAAGUAAAGGUAGGGAAUGCCUUCAAAAGCUCUUAGACUUUGUCUAG